AUGCCGGUGGAGGUUGCAGAUCUUUUGACCUUCGAUCAGCUGGCCAGCUACGCAGCUACUCCGUCACAGCUAAAGACGAAGCAAGAAGUGACAAAAGUCAUGGCGGUCAUCAAACCUGUCGACUACGGGGCUUUCUUUGACACAGUCUCACCAGCCAUUGAGACCCACCCGGCGAACUACACAGAGGAGGUGAAAUCUGCCUUCCUCCAGGCAAUAUAUGACAGAGGGAAUCUGUCCUCUCCAGCAAUAAAUGACUCAGAGUUCCUGCUGUGGCUCAGGGUUCGCCUGCGCCCUCUGCUGGUCGACCUCUCUCCCAGCCUGGUGACACCUUUACUUGACAUUGGGAAGAACAGGAGUUGUAAUAGCAGCCAAGAAAUCAUCACAUUGUUGGACACACUACGCUUGACACUUAGGAACAACACUAAAAGGGAAAUCUUUAAAAUUACCCUCCUCUUCCUUCAAGGUCCAACACCUCUCAAAUGUUACACUGGCGGAAGCUUGUACAUGUAUCUGAAAGACACAUUCCUCAGCUUUGGAUUCCCAGAUUUGUCCACGUUCAAAUCUCUACUGCCAGCGACACGUGAAUCAGAGCUCCUAAGUACCAUCACCGCUUCAGAGUUGAAUCAGCUCCUCAGUCAACCCAAUAUGAUUGACAACAACUCUGACAUCUGUUUCCUUUUCAACAACUACAACAACACUCCUGCCUUCCUAGACAAUGAGGAUGUUCCAGACAAUGUGAAGAUGGCGACUCUCCCCUGUGUCUGGCCUUUGGCCCUGAGCAGCAACACCAAACCUGAGGUUGAAUCCUGGUUCGUCCAUCGGUUGAGGAACUAUCUUAAGUUCCUGAACAAGAGCCUCAUCAGCCCCACUGAAGUGCAGAAUGCUACAUGUCUUGCCUUCCAGAAACUGGUCUCUGUAAUGGGAACUAACUUCACAUACAACAGCUCUGAGUUUGGACAGGGUGAUGUUUACACCACCAUCAAGACCUACUUGAGCUCUGGUUCUGGACCCAGAUGCUACAAUGCCAAAGAUCAAGAACUCAACUCAACCUCCUGGUUUGUCAAUUACAUCGGCAGCUUUGUGACAUUCAUCACUCCCGACGAUUUAGCCACCUUCAUCUCCUCCAGUCAAGCUAAAGUGUUCUUGAAGGACCGAGCCAACCUGGAGCUCUUCAACAACACAGCCAUCCCAGAAAAUGUAACCGACUAUUACGUCUCACAGCUAUUUGAAUUAAACCCAACCUUCAACCUUGGGGAGCUUCCAGGAGCUUUCCUGUGCUCCAAUGAGGUCCCAAUUGGAGCGUACACCUCUGUGAAUGAAAAUGACACCUUACUUGUCUUGAAAGAGAUGGCGACAUUCUGCAAUGCAACAGUGAACCCUGAGGCGUCUGCUGCUCUGGCAUCCAACAUCCAGACCAUCACACCCGCAACAUUUGCGACACUCGGCAGUGCCAGUGCAGCCCUGACCAUCAGCAAGAUCACUUCGAUUGACCCAACAGUGCUGGUUUCCUCUUUGUCCACGCUGAGCACAGUUGUCACCUGGACCACAGUCCAAGCCAGCGCUAUCAUCCAGACCAUGAGUGCAGGAGGCUUCCAGAUCACAAAUGCAUCCUCCCUGGAAUCUCUUGGUACCCUUGUUAGCGGAGUUCCCUCGGAGUUAAUAGAAGCAGUUCCAGCUUCUGAGCUACUCAAAAUCUCCCGGAACCCCGCCUUUGUUUCCAGCAUGCUGACAGCCACUGUCGUUGUCCAACAGACCUUUGUCAAAAAGAUUGUAUCCAUGGACCCAAGUCCAGCGAAAGUGGUGCUGAAUGUCCCCGAUGCCAUGGCAACUCAGAUCGCACCGUUUCUGCUGGUGUUUACUAAUGAGACUGUGAACAUUAGUGUGAUGAACAGAAAGACAUGGAAGCCAGAUCAGGCUGCCCUGUUCUUUGGCACAUUGGGUAAAGCAAGCUUUGACACAGAGCAGCUUUCUCCGUCCAUGCUGCAGGGCUUCACAUGUACGUCAGCACAGAAAAUGAAAAGAAACAAGGUCCGGGGCCUGGUCCGUGCCUGCAGAUCGAGGAAGGGCAGGGCCAAAGUGGUGCUGAAGCAAUCACAGCUGACUUGCAUGUACAACCUGCUCAAGGGAAACAUCUCCCAGAACUUCGGAGAUUAUCCUUCUGACAUGCUUCUGUACUUUAACAAAGACGAUGUCAAGAAAGCCAACUGCAGGUCAUACAUUUCUGCAGUUGGGGGUGCAGACUUCACUGUGGCCUCCAGCAUUUUGAACAAGGACUCGCUGCUGCUUAGUGAAGCCAAGACGUGCCUGGGCAUAAAAGGCUUCAGUCUGAGCCGAGACAACGUGGAGGUCAUGGGAAACAUGGCCUGCACUCUGGACGGCUCUUACAUCCAGAACGCUGAUCCUCUCAUCCUGGAAAAACUCAAAGUCUGCAAAGAUCUCUCUGACAGCCAGGUGGCUUCCAUUGAGAAGCUGCUGCUGUCUGGGAAAACACCAUACGGAAAUGUCAACACCUGGAACAAGCAAACACUGACGGACCUGGGGAUCCUUCCUCUGUAUUUCACAAGAAACAUCUGGGGAAAGUUAAAACAUAAAACAAAGAAAAAGCAUCUCAGGAAAUUUAUGCCCCGUCUGAGGAAAAGCAAGACAAAGAAGAGGAAGCUCAAACAUCUUUUCAAACAGAUGAUCGCGCUCAAGGGAAAACGAGGAGCAGGCUGCACAGUGGGAAACAUCACCCAAUUGACAGCGAGUGACCCGUCCUUCCCCUUUGGCUACGAUGCAACACAAUUUGACCUCUGCCUGGACGUCCCUGUUCUGAAGGACAGUCUCAACUCCAUUUGCGAGAAAGUGGUCGAUGAUGAUUUCCAGAAAAUCAUUCUGAAGAAACUCAACCAGGCAUACCCAUCAGGUGUUUCGGAUAAUGAAGUCCAAAUCCUUGGUUCAGUGUCACGUGUAGCAUCGAUUGACGACAUCUCCAAGUGGAGCAUCACCAAAAUCGACACUCUGGCAGCGCUCAUGAAAGAUGAGGAUGGAUCAUGGGAGGCAGCAAAGAGCAAAGCAAUCAUCACAAGUUAUCUGAAUAGUUCUGGGAAAACCCUGGACAGCACUGUGCUCAACACUAUCGGUCUCAACCUGUGCUCGUUGGACGUCAGCACACUGAUGACCAUAACCCCGGAUAGUAUCAGAAAUGCCAACCCCCUGAAUGUGGCUUCAUGUUCGUCUGACCAGAAGAGUGUCCUGUAUGAGAUCAGUAAUACUUCCUUCAGCUCACAGCGCAGCCGUCCUGAGAUCUUUUACAAUUUAAUUAAAAGCUCUAUGGGCGGAGCACCUCUGUUAGAUGUGCAACAACUGUCAACUCAGGACAUCAGCAUGGAUGUCCUCACUUUUAAGAGCCUGGUCCCCAGUGUGAUCGCAGCUUUGAAUGUGGCCACAGUCCAAGGCCUCAUGGGUAGUCAGGUCAGCGAUCUCGAGUUGUUUGCUAAAGACCCUGUGGUUGAGACCUGGGUGAACCGUCAGCUGCAGGUCGAUCUAGACAAACUGGGUCUAAACCUAACCACCAACAGAACCAGCACGACCACUGCACCAUCCAGCUCCAUCAGCAGCACACAUACUGCUACAUCAGCAUCUACACCAGCAUCAGUGUCGACGUCAGCUUCAACAUCUGCACCAGCAUCAGUGUCGACAUCAGCUUCAACAUCUGCAUCAACAUCAGCAGCAGCCAGUAGUGUGACAGCAACACAGGGUACAACCUCAGAUGGGGAGACAGGCUCGCCCUUCACUCAACUUCCAUAUUCCCUGGCUGCUGUGCUGACAUCAGUGCUUCAAAUGCUUCAACUAACCUAA